CCGCAGCAACACUAUAGAGUGGUGACAGGACAGGACCGGCAGCAACACUAUAGAGUGGUGACAGGACAGGACCGGCAGCAACACUAUAGAGUGGUGACAGGACAGGACCGGCAGCGACACUAUAGAGUGGUGACAGGACAGGACCGGCAGCAACACUAUAGAGUGGUGACAGGACAGGACCGGCAGCAACACUAUAGAGUGGUGACAGGACAGGACCGGCAGCAACACUAUAGAGUGGUGACAGGACAGGACCGGCAGCAACACUAUAGAGUGGUGACAGGACAGGACCGGCAGCAACACUAUAGAGUGGUGACAGGACAGGACCGGCAGCGACACUAUAGAGUGGUGACAGGACCGGACCGGCAGCGACACUAUAGAGUGGUGACAGGACAGGACCGGCAGCGACACUAUAGAGUGGUGACAGGACAGGACCGGCAGCAACACUAUAGAGUGGUGACAGGACAGGACCGGCAGCAACACUAUAGAGUGGUGACAGGACCGGCAGCGACCUAUGAGUGGUGACAGACCGCAGCAACACUAUAGAGUGGUGACAGGACAGGACCGGCAGCAACACUAUAGAGUGGUGACAGGACCGGCGCAGCAACACUAUAGAGUGGUGACAGGACAGGACCGGCAGCAACACUAUAGAGUGGUGACAGGACAGGACCGGCAGCAACACUAUAGA